AUCUACAUAACUAAGUCUUUCGGCCCAGCAUUCUCAAUUAUUAAGUUUAAGACUGAGGAGGAUGCUCUCGCUAUUGUAAAUAAUACUGAACAUAGCCUCACCUCAGCCACCUUCUCUCGAGAUCUGCGAAGAGCCUUGAAGCUUGCUAAGAAGAUAGAGAUAGGAGCUGUGCAUAUUAACCGCAUGACUGUUCAUGAUGAAUCAGCCCUGCCGUAUGGAGGUGCCAAUUCUAGCGGCUUCGAGAGGUUCAACGUAGGCAUGGAGGAAUGGGCCCGCACCAAGAACAUCGCAUAUGAUUUAUGA